UACUAACACCAAAUCAAACAGAAGUUCAUUUUCAGAAAAAACUUUUAUCAGGAAUUGAACCAUUUCAUUGCUUCCCUAAUUAAGAUAAAUCGACUACACAAAACAGGCAUGGUUUCCCUGACACUUGUAGCAUACUGUACAUUUUCAAAGCACUUAAACAAGUGAUAUGUUUUUCAAAUUACACAUGUAUUUCAUGACCAAACGGACACAUCCUUAAGUUAAUUAGACUUACUUCAUAACCUAUCCUAUUACAUCAUGUGGGAACCUAUAAAAUGCAGCAAUAAAAUACUUGCUCAUGUCUUUGAACAUCAAGAAGUGGCUGUGAAAUAGGAAGGAAAAUAAUUAGCUGAUGACCUUGUACUUUAGGGCAUCUGCCUCCCAAUAUACAAUGUCCUCUGUUAAUCCACAUGCGUCUGUCAAAUGUUUAUAGAAUCUUCAUUAACUACAACUCUUUCAAGAUAACAAAUCCAAACGCAUGGAAUCAAUGUCCAAGAUAAGGAAAACUGUAUUUUGGUUGACAAGAGGCUGCUGUUUGCAAUAGAUUGAGACAGAGAAAGUAGAAACACUUUGCUAUUCAGGACGUCAACUGUCAAGCGUUUUAUAUGUUUGUAAUGUUUCUUUAAUUUCAAAGGGAAAAACUGAGAUAAUAUAUGUCCUCAAUUUAUCAAUGCAAACAACAAUGAACUACUUAAUACUAAUCCUCAUAUAUACAGCCUUCAUUGGCUCCAUAAGCUGCAAACCAGUUAGUGUCAAGAGUAAAGCGAUACAAGACAGAAUUCGUUUAUUGUACAGUGCUUCAGAAUUAGAAGUUCCUUUUGGAAAGAACACAUUUUUGAGGAAUUCAACUGCUAAAGUUCAAAAGAAUUCAUCUGGAGUCCAAGGGAACAUUGAUCCUGUUCAGUUAAUGCUUAAUCUGUACAACCAGUUUGUAUCAGCAAGCUCAUCAAUGCCUCAAUUUAACACAGUUCGAAGCUUCACAGCAGAAGAUGUUGUACUAUUUGGAGCUAAUGGCAGCAAGGCACAUUACCUGCUUCUUUUCAAUGUUUCUGUCCCUUACCAUGAACACAUUACUGUGGCUGAGCUGAGACUUUAUACUUUGCAUACCAAAGGUUCUGAAUGUUCAAUCCAAGUCAAAUACACAAUUAAAAUAUAUGAUAUGCAGAACCAAGGAAAUAAAACCAGAUUGCAACUGCUGAACUCAAAGGAAAUAGACGGGGAUUUAAAUUCCUGGAUUUCAUUUAUAAUUACAGGAGGUGUUAAGCGAUGGGUAGAAUUUGGUCAGACAACUAAUACUCUUCAAGUACACAUUGAACAAAAGGACAGUGAACAGCUCAAGUCUGGAUGUUUAAAAAUCAGCACAGGUUUUAAAAAUAAAAAGUUGCCUGUGAUUAUACUAUUUUCUAACGAUCCAAACAGUCAAAAGCAAGAGAAAAAGAUUAAUAAACAAAUGAUUUUCAAAGAGGAAACACGUCUUUUACAAGGGGGAAAGAAUGGAACAAGGAAUACGGUCGAUGUGAGUAAGGUAUUGAAUAGAGCCAAACGUAAUAUAGCACACAAUCAUUGCAGAAGGACUCCACUUCAUGUUAACUUCAAGGACAUUGGAUGGGAUUCUUGGAUAAUUGCCCCAAAAGAAUAUGAUGCAUUUGAAUGCAGAGGCAUAUGCCACGUCCCAAUGACUGAUGAUGUCACACCGACUAACCAUGCUAUGAUACAAAGUCUGCUACAUAUUAAAUACCCCAAGAAAGUACAGAAGGUCUGCUGUGUUCCUACAAAGCUGGAUCCAAUUUCUUUACUUUAUCGAGAUGAAUCUGGAACAGUGACACUUAAAAAUGCGUAUGAAGGGAUGAAAGUGGCUGCAUGUGGAUGUAGGUAGUAGCUUUUAAACUGUGUUCUUUGCUACUUUGUGUAAAUCUGUAGAUUAAUAAUGUAAAUUGGCGUUUGAUUUAUCAUAAUAUGUACAGCAAAACUCAUUUACAUUAACACAUUACAAACAUACUUAAAAUGACAAAGUCUGAAAUAUUUUUGAUAUUUGAUAAAUAUAAAAAUAUAAUUAAAAAUACUACAAAAUCAAUAGUUUUAGCUUCCAUUAAUACUAAAUUGUAAAAGAAUUACAGGCUGCUUUAUAAAUGUGUAAUGUUUAAUAAAUGAUUAAAUACAUGAUUUUAGAAUAUGUAAUACAUUGUGCAAGUUGGAGAUAAAAAAGGCUUACCCCAGAUUCACUGAACACCAGACAUAAAACAAUUUUGGAAGAGGCACAAGUCCACCACAGGGCACACUCAACUGGUUUAACAUCGCCAUUGAAUUAGCAGACACAUUUUUCAGUAGUGUGAAGAAAUCUGGACUACUCACAGAGAAAUCAACACAACCUCCAAGAGCUGUGAGGCAACAAACAUCAUAGAAACUCAGUUGCAACUAAAGUAAUGCAAAUAAAAACACACACAGAACAGGUGGGCAUUUAGUGAAUUGAAAAUGAAGGAAAUAAUGAAUGAAUAAUCGCUAAUGUCAGUUCACUUAGGGAUUUUUCUUAAAUCUACACGGUCAACAGAUGCUAGUUUAUUUGCAAUAAUAUUGCAGUUUAUAAAAGGGCAAAGUUACUAUGAUCUAAUAAUUUCUGAAAACCUUAACAAUACUGCGCUUAUGACACGUUAACCAGCAAUAUCAAUUCCCAGUGUACAGAAUACUAGCAUUCUUGUCCUAUUCCAAGUCACACAUCCUGGGAACAGUGUCUCAUAGGAAUGUUCAAACUUUUCUUAAAAACAUUGAAAUUAAAAAAUAAAUAGAAACCUAUUCUUCUUCUUGCAAUUUCCUUUAACAUUUUAAAAAUUAUUAAACCUUUAAGUAAGUUUUCUUUUCAAUUCAGUUGAUCCAGUUUCUUAAUUUGUUCACUUCUAUUCAGGUUCAUAUUGGCCUGGAGCUUGUUCAAGCUCUAUCAGGUAGAAGGCACAAACCAUUCAUG